CACGGCCGGGCGCAGGUAGGCGAGGCGGCGCGGGGCCUGCCGGGGCUCGUAGUACACAGGGCGGAGGGGAACAGCCGUCCGACCGCACUUGGGCGGCAUGGAUAAGCUGAAGCGGGUGCUGAGCGGCCGGGAUGCGGAGGAGCCCGGUUCUCUGGCGGAGGUUAUCGACGCGACUUCGUUGGGUUGGGGCACCCGAGUGAAAGGCUUCAUCGCCUGCUUUGCGUUGGGAUGCGUGUUCUCUCUGUUGGGUAGUUGUCUGCUUUGGGUACCAAGGAAAGGGCUGAUUCUCUUUGCAGCAUUUUACACGUUGGGGAACAUUGCAUCAAUUGGAAGCACUCUCUUUCUUAUGGGACCAAUGAAACAAUUGAAAAAGAUGUUUGAGCCUACCCGAUUGAUUGCUACUAUUGUUAUGUUAUUGUGUCUCGUAUUAACGCUGUGUUCUGCUUUUUGGUGGCGUAAGGAAGGACUCGCGCUCCUUUUCUGUAUCUUACAGUUUUUUGCCUUGGCAUGGUACAGCAUUUCCUUCAUACCAUAUGCAAGGGAUGCUGUGAAGAAAUGUGUGUCUGUCUGUCUGUCCUAAGAGGAAAGCUGGACGCUUCACAGACUUCUAGGAAUCAUAGCAGAACUGUGUUAAGAUCACUGUGUAUGUACUUUGCUACGUCCGUCCUAAAUGCGUGCCUUUGGGUUGGUUGUUAGAGGCUCUUUGUGUUAAAUGCAGUGAAUGCAAUCGUGUGUAUUUGUUGCCUGUAGGACAGAGCACUCACGUGACCAAAUGAAGUUCAGCCUGGAAGAACUGGGCUGAGACUCAGGCUUUGUUAUGAUGAUUUUCAUCUAAAAUUAUGUGGUUUUGCAAAAUUAACAAAGUAAUAGGUGAAGGCUGUAAAAUGGAGACCUUGGUUCUGGUGGGACCAUGGUGGGAUUCCUUUUCAAAGAAGAAAAAGAAAUCUCUUGCUAGUCGAUUCCUUCCUGAGAACUCUUAUUGUAGCCUUACAUCUCUUAAUCUUUGCACUAUUUAUAUCAGAUAAUGGAAUACUGGUGUUCUUUUUCUGCCUCUCUUGCAACAGUUUAGGUCUAUGGUAUUUUCAGAAGGUUUAAUUCCAAAUGAAAAGGCUGUUUUAGAGUAAUUACGGAAUGCUUGAUUUUGUUUUCUUACAUGAAAAAAAUCAUUUCCAGUUUAGAUUGGUGGUAUUUUCUUAAAAUACAUGGAAGGGACAUUUUCAUCUGCAAAGAUUGAUUCCUGCAAGAAAAGCACUUGCAAAAUCAGGCUAAUCAAGCUUUUUCGUUGCCAGGAAUGUGUUCUUCACCCUGACUCCAGCUGAAUGCAAUACAAUCAAGCUAGGAAAUGAAUUUAUCACUUGAAAUGAUGUGGUUCUCUUCUUUCCAGCUGUAGCACAGGAGCGAUGUGAGGCUGAGGGCACAACAAGUAAGCUGGGAAAGAACCUGUGUGUGUCCUUUCUCAAAGGACAAAGUCCCUGUUGAUAAGGUAGAAGCAGGCUGGUGUUUAAGCAAGUCCAGGGCUGGAAAAAGACAUUUUCUUCUGAACCUGUGAAUAAGUUAAAACUGUAACAUGUCUUUUUUGUAAGUGAAAUUAAUUUCAUUUAUCCUAAAAUUCUCUUCUGCACUUGUGGAUAUCUGAGGAGGAAGUACAGCUUUCUAUUGUUUUGUGGUUGUUUAACCAAAUGAAGCAUUCAACAGUCUCACUGCCAGCUUCAAACAAGCACUGACUGCUCAGUAUCCAGAUUCCAAGGCCAUUGCCCGUUUUUCUGAGCUAUGUGUAAUCACGUACUCCCAAACCAUUUCAGCGGUCACUUGUUUUAAUAUCUGGAUGCAGGUUCCUGCUUGUACUAUGUUGGGUACUGUUUAACUUUUCUUGCCUUUCCUAUUAGCAAGCUGUCUGAACUGCUGGCUGUGAGGCUCAUUAGCCAGUGAACUUUAAUAUGAUCUGAAUCCUCUUUCCUCAUCUACAUAGAGUUUAGACAUCUAACUGCAUUAUGUUUGUAUAGCAAGCAUGUCCUUGACUUGUACCACAAAGACUAUGGUGCAGCAAAAGCCUGGAUCUGUUCAGUAAUAUAGUACAAGCCCACAGGGGAACUUCAAGAGGCUUUCUCUGUUUCCAGCUGACUAGUGGUACUCUUACAGAGCCAUUAAAAUAGAAAAUGCCUUCUUGAAAAUGUAGUACAUUGGGAUGAAUCAGUUCUGUGGGAUGACUUCCCCAAGUGCUAUUUCCCACUGCUUUUUUUUUUCUUCCCAUAGGCUUUGGAAGUCAGUGUUGAAAUGACUGCAUUGACUAUUAUUACUUUUUUCUUAAUAAAGAGUUAGUUAAAGGCCCAAGGGAGACUGAGAAUUAAAGAAUGCCUGUAUAUUUGGAUAUCUAAAUGAAUAUAAGACUUUUUUUUAAUGAGGGAGUAGCUUCAAAACCUAAUGUGCAUCUGUCAAAGGGCUUGUCAAUGUUAGGCUUCUAUUAGGGCUUGGAUAAUAUAUACAGAAUUCCUUUGUGUAAGACCAGUUGAAGUACAACUCUCAUGCCUUUCACAUCCCAUUGUUUGCUUAGUUUUAAUAUCUCUGGGUGAUCCUGGAGAACUCUACAAGUAUAGAGUAUGGUAUUUUUUCCCUUCCCUCCCCUGGGAAAGUUCUGUUAAGUUGUAUAAUCAUUCCAGGCCUAUCAGCAGCCAACAUAAUGGAGUUUUAGUUCUGUUUUGUUUGGGUUUUUUUAAUAGUUCAGAUUAGAAGAGAAAAAGCUUUUUGCUUAGUCCUUAAGUAGCUUUUGCAGGGCUGUAGUACCAUGGCUCUCUAGCAUUUUCACUGUAAAAACACUAGAUUUGGAUAUGCUGCAUACUGCUUUUUCAACUUGUAUACUGUAGCUAAGUGGGACCUUUUAGUGUUGUGAGCUCAGCCACUUGGAACUAGGAAUUUCUUUUUUCACUACCAAGAAAUGGUAAACUUGAAUGGAUUCACACACACUUUGAUACAAUAAUAAAGAAGAACAAAGGUUUAUUUGACUGCAUAGCACGCGAGGCUUAGCAAUAGUGCCCAGAAGGGAAGGGAAUUCCAAAGGAGGUGGCGAAGACAUAAGUGAUCACCAUAGUGCCUCUAGGAUUCAUGUUGCCUUCUGGUGCUGUAUUCUGUUUCCGUGAAGGUCGGGUGGUAACAGAGUUUCACUGUGCCCUUGUCAAUAUGUGAAAACUACUCAGGGUUUGUCACUUCAUCUACAAGCAGUUUUGAUUUAAAGGUAAUUCCUCUCUAUCAGAGCGAAACACUGUAGAUUCCUACUCACAUGUAUAGUGAUAGUUGUACACAGGUUGUUGCCAAGUAUAGCAGUAGAACAUUCUUCUAUCUUGUUACACAUCUAUAUUGUUAAAAAUAAUUUAUAUGAUCGAUAGGUAAACCAAUAUGCACAUUCCCUCUUGAUCAGUUUCAGUCUGAAUUAGGUUAUAACAUUUUUGUCAUCAAGAUUUCUAUGUGUUUGGAGUUGAUUUCAUCAGCUUUGGUUAUCUGCUUACCAGGAAGCGUGGUGGACGUUUUUAAAGCCCUCUAGCUUUCUGUCGUAACGUCCUCCAUGGCAGGAAUGUUAAAUGUUAUUUGUGUUUUAAAUCAUAAGGCUCCUUCCUUAAUAAAGGCCUUAUGCAGUUGCCUACAGCACUCAAUUCAAGACUGACUUACUGAAGAAAGUUGGAUGCCCAACUCAGCAGUUUGGUGCUCUACCAGUAAGUGCUUCUUGAAAGCCUCACUGUUGGUCAACUUGCCCAAUGACUUUUGGGGUUGUUUUCUUUUUUUGCAAUACUAUCACUGUAACCAAACAGCCUUAGCAUGAAAUGUGUGUAUCUGGGAUCAGCUGACUUUGCAGAUACAGUAGAAAUGGAAAUGGGUGAUGGUGGGUGUUUGUUCCCAUAGCACUGAGAUUCUGAACAUGUAAAUGUGGGUUUUUUUUCAUCGCUCCAGGGUUUUGCUCUGGUUGGUGUGAUUGUGAAUACUGAUGCUAUCUGAGAUGGUUCUACCAUGCUGAUGUGAACAAAGUGGUCUUGCUUAGUAUUUGCUAUAGUGAGACUGCCCAUGAGCUGCUCUGAAACCCAAGGAAGACAUUUCUGAACGGAUUUAAAAGGAUUUUAAGAAAUCACAUGAAAAAAGAAUAGAAUUCAUAAGGCUUUGUUUAAAUCCUUAGUAUGCAAUUCUUGGGGAGAGGGGAGUUGUUGUUUCCAGCAAGGUGCAGGAAGAUAGGCCUGGACUGGCUCUAACUUGCGGGCAGAUGUUAGCUGUGCCUGUAAUACACUUGGGGGCUUAGAGCGCUGUCGCUUACAUGCAAUCUGAAGCUGAUGUUUAGGAAACUCCAUUGUGGAAAAACAUGGAUCCUUGAGGGUUGAGUGCUUUUGCUGUGUACUAAGAUUGAAAGCAUUUGUUGAGUUCAUGAAAAUGGUUCUUAAUCUGUUUUGGUACAAGAUGACUGUUGCUAUUUUGGACUUCAAAACUGAGGAGGAGGAUGACACACAAACACACGUCUCUCUUAACUAUUGAUGUUUACAAGCAUAGCAAAUACUGAUCACGUAGGAUAGAAAGCACAAAAAUGGUGUAUUUUCUUAAAGGUGUGUGUGCCUUGCUGUCUUUUGACAACACAACAUUUUUUUUAACAGCUGUGGGAAUUGUUUUGUAAAAUAAAACCUGGACUCUCAGAAUUUCGCCACGAUGUUUUGUAUUGUUACUGAUUCUCCUUUUCUGUGUGUUUGCACUGUUUGAUUUCUACUUUGAUAAAUAACUUUCUUUUCAGAACUUUUUCUGUAACGAAGCCCUCACGACAAUAAAGUUGUAAUUGCAUUCAACAAA